UUAAGCUUGGAUGAAAUGAGAGCUUUGACAGUUCAGAGAGUGAAGUUUGCCAUGGGUCUACCUCUGUUAAAACGUGCAGUUCAGGAUCUGGCAGAGAAAACAAAGAAUUUUGUCAGCCGAAGCCUUGUCAUAGGAGAAGUCCUCUCCAUGGCGGACAUGGCCACAGGAGUGAAGUGCGGAAUAAUUUAUUGGCUAUUUGGUGGUGCUAUCAGGAAUCUCAGAAGCCCUGAACAUGUUACUAAGUGGUUUCAGCCACUCCAGGAGCAGAAAUACACUGGGAUGUUUGCAAUGACCGAGAGGGGCCAUGGGAGCAACGUGAGAGGGAUCCAGACCGAAGCCACCUUUGACCUCUCUGCCCAGGAGUUUGUAAUUGACACGCCGUGUGAAAAUGCCGAGAAGAUGUAUAUUGGAAACACCAUGUAUGGGAAUUAUGCAGCUGUCUUUGCCCAGCUCAUCAUAGAUGGAAGAUCUCAAGGGCCCUACUGUUUCAUUGUUCCUGUCCGGGAUGAAAACGGAAGCUUGUACCCAGGAGUGACAGCUAUUGAUAUGAUGUACAAGGAGGAUGAUCUGCAUGGUGUGGACAAUGGGAUAUUAAUAUUUGACAAGGUUCGGAUACCCAGGGAGAACCUGCUGGAUAAGUUUGGUUCCGUGGCUCCAGACGGACAGUACCAUUUGCCUAUUAGGAACAAGAGUGCAAGAUUCAAUGCCAUGCUGGCAGCACUGACCCCUUCGAGAUUAGCUGUGGCUUUCCAAGCUAUGGGUGCCAUGAAGCUUGGGUUGACGAUAGCCAUUCACUAUAGCCACAGCCGGAGGCAGUUUGGGCCUAAAACCAAGGAAGAGGUGAAGAUCAUUGAGCACCAAACGCAGACCCUGCGGCUGAUGCCCCACCUGGCCACAGCCUUGGCCCUGACCUUCGUCAGCAGGUAUGCUGGGGCCCUCCUGGACGAGGAUGUCUUCCAGGGAAAGGAGCUGGUCAACAGUCGCUCGCUGCAGGCUCUGGUGGCGGGGCUGAAGGCCUACAGCACCUGGGAGAACAUCCGCUGCCUGCAGGACUGCCGCGAGUGCACUGGAGGCAUGGUUGUGGGGUGGGAACUGCUAGCCCAAUACACCAAACAGUAUGAAGAAAAACCACUCUUUGGCCUGCUCCAAAACUGGGCUGAAUCUGUGAGGGACAAGCUGAGAACCAGUUUCCUGGCAUUUAACAUGGACACAGUCGAUGAUCUCGCCUUUCUGUUCAAAGCAGUGAAAUUUCAUGAAAGGGUUCUUCAGCAGGGUUUGGUGGCCAGAAUUUAUUAUAAGGUAAAGACCAAGAAGGAGGAUUUUCUCCAUGCCUGGAACUCGUGUCUGCACCACGUGGCUUCUCUGUCCCUGGCACACACUCACCGAGUUACCUUAGAGCAGUUCUCCCUGGCAGUGAAGAGCUGUCCUGACCAAGAGGACCAGACUUUGUUAAUGAAGUUUUGUCUGUUGUAUGGAACCAAGCUGGUGUUUCAGGAGCGGGCCUGGUAUUUAGAACAUAAAUACUUGACUCCCAUGGCCAGCAUGAGGAUCAGGAAUCAGUUGCUGGAUUUGUGCGACUCGGUGAAGGAUGAUGCCCUGAGGGUGAUCUCGACCUUUAACAUUCCACACACCUACCUACACGCACCAAUCGCCGGAAUCCACAACCCUCGGGCCGCGUGGGCUUUCUACCCUGCACUGCUGCAGCCGCUGCCACGGGAAAAGGCGCGCUCCCAGCGGCCCAAGCUGGGAGCCAAGCUGUAACGGGUGUGGCGGGAAGUGUGGUGGCCCGCCUGCAGCUGCCACGACGCUCGCUCCACUGACGCCCGGAGCUGUGGCCGAGGCCGGGGUCUGGCACCCGCUGGGCCGCCGCUCUCGGGGAUUUUGGUGGCAAAGCGGAGGUCCCGCCGAGGCUGGCGAGGUGCGCGGCUGGCUGCUAGGAAAGAGAUCCAGACGGUCGGUCGCCUGGUGCAGUGGAUCCCUGUGCCCUUUGCCUGAAACCCAGCCUGGCCUGACUGCAACCUCUCCCAACUUCAGUGCCCGAUCCCCUAGACAAUCAGGGUGGGCUCCCUGAUGCGAGCGCGCCCCCACAGCCGGGUGCCGCCAAAGGUCUCCUGCUGCUAGCGGUGACUCACAUUCCCAGUGAUUUAGAAAAACUGUGGUGCCGAGUGAAAGAAAAAAAAAAGCAAACACCCUUAGACAAAAGAAAAAAGCUCCACUCUUUCCGCGAGCGGGAAAAAAGGUUUGGUUCAGCAAGUGAUGCUUUUUCAGUGAAUCAGACGCUCUGGGGCUCUGCAAGGAAACGCACGGACUGGGAGGAGGAAGUGGGAGCCUAGAGUUUUGCUCUCGGCAAAACAAGAACUUGGCUUGUCCUCCCAGGCCAGCGGUUUCUGUACGGCAAGAAAAGUCGCGGAAAACAUUUUUACCAUCUGACGCUGUAAUCUGUCCUUUAGAAGAGAAUAGGUGAAAAGGUUAAUAAAGAAAUUAAGCGAUGUGGAAGUCGUUCCC